AUGACUUCUUCAGUAGAAUUACGUGCAAGAUUUGCUCAUUUUGCAACCGUGUAUGGCUACAAGCUUCGAAUCUAUCAAUUCAGACACGUUCUUGCACCUCUGGCUCAAUUGGGCUACAGGGUAAUCGCUCCGGAUUAUCGAGGCGCUGGACAAACAUCAAGACCGCCAAACGGCUAUCAAAAAUCAUUCAUGGCCAGUGACAUUAGAAAUCUUCUAGAAUAUCUCGAAAUAUCGGAACUCAUUAAUCUCGUUGGACAUGAUAUUGGUGGCAUGGUUGCAGUCGCAUUUGCGCAACAAUAUCCAAGCAAGUUAAAACUUUAACAUGGGGUGAAGCUUGUAUUCCAGGAUCAGAAUUUUACGAAAAAUCGAAAAAUUCCAUUGAAAAGUUUAAUUUCUUACUUCAUUGCUUACCUGAUGGACACGCUGAGCGUCUGGUGGCAGACAGGGAAGAAAUUUACCUACAGCAAUUCUUCGAUCGACUCUUAUACAACGCUGAUGGAAUCAAAUCGGAAGAUGUUCAGAAUUACGUAGCUUCUUAUCGUUAACCAGAAGCCUUGAGAGCUGCAAUGGAAAUUUAUAGAGCAUUUGAAGGGGAUGCUAAAUGC